AAAAUGUCCGUCAGUUGAAUUUUAAUUAGUAUGAUUGUGAUUGUACACAUUUUCAGGUUUAUACAGGCAAGAUUUAAACUUUUGUGAGACAAAGGAACACUAUGGUGUAUAUUUUACCUAUGGCAUCUGAUUCCAAGAGGACUUUUUUGAAAGCUCUGACGUCAUACAGGAGACGGCCGGGUGUGUUCGUCCUCUGUCUGCUUAGUUUGGUCAUUUCCUUCUAUCUGUUUUCAAAAGAAAUAAUAGACAAUGCAGCAGAAUUUCACAGCACACUGACCACAUUGAGACGUCUACAGCCGUAUAACAGACUCGAACCAGUACCCACAGUCCCGUUUAUCACUAUACCCAAAGAUCCACCGUUGAAAAGGAGACCGCCAAUACUACUGUUAACGUACAUGCGGAGUGGUUCCACCUUUACUGCUGACGUUAUACAACAGUCCCCGGAUGUAUUCUACUUAUUUGAACCAUUGCGAGCCUUUACGAGUCAGUUUUAUUAUACCCAGUCGAAGCUAUGCUCCUUUACAGACAAAGGUUGCAGAACACCACGAACCCAGUUCGAAGAUGCAAGUUAUGUAGUGCGAAACAUUCUGAAUUUAUUUCUGUGUGACUUCCACAAUACGGAUAGACAUGUUGUACAUGGCAUGACCUUUCGCCAAAUGAGCAAGACUCAGAACCAGUUUGCUAACUGUUUAAAAAGCCAAAACAGUUCAAAGAUUUUAGAAAUAUGUAUUAAGAAAAUGGAAGAUUUGUGUGUUAGCAAAAACGUGUUUAUAAAGACCAUUCGACUGUCUAUGGAGGUUGCUGCACUCCUCCUCGACUUAAUUCCAGACCUCAAGGUCAUUCACUUGAUUCGUGACCCUAGAGGAAUAAUAUAUUCAAGGUCCAAAGGUCGUGUUGUCAAUGGUUCUAAUAUCGAGGCUAGUGCCAAGUCGAUGUGUAAUAGAAUUCUAAUGGAUGUUAUGCGUAGUUAUCACCUGAAGUCUAAGUAUCCCGGCAGGAUGAAGACACAGCUGUACGAGUACCUGGCAGAGAAUCCGCUGGAUUCCGCAUACGACCUUCACAGGUUCACGAACACCACAGUACCGCCUUCUAUGAAGGGCUAUGUUUACAAUCACACAAUGUCUGGGAGUAAAAAAAGGGGAUAUUACAAUACCGCACGUGAGAAUUCAACAAUCACUUCCUUAUCUUGGCGCAUGCGCAUGAAGUGGGAGGAUGUUAGGGUGGUUGAUCGACAGUGUCAGGAGCUAUAUGACCAUGUUGGCUUUAUUCCAUUCUCGGAUAAGUCUCAACUGACCAAUUUAUCUUUCAAAACACGUAAAAAGGAAAGUCCUUUGUUUGAGAAAUUCUGAUUUCAUGUCAUUUUUAUAAAAUUACUUUAUUGAUUUGCUCUGAAUGGAGACGCUUUGCUCUGAAUAAAUAUUGGGUUGUUGAUCCAAAGAAUCUACAUUAUUUUUAAAAAGAAAUUUAUAGUGAAAUAUUGUUGCUGAAAUUAACAUUGAACCAGUUUUGUAGCCAAAUUACUCUUCUUUUUUAGAUGGCAUAUAAUGCUUGCAAGUUCUGCCGU